UCCUUCGUCAACCAUUCCAAUUUCUACCGUAUGAGCAAUAUUCAGAUUUCAAGUAACACCAUCGAUUCCAUUUCCAUGCAAUGCAACUAUUCAGAAAUCCAAAACUAUGUCUAUUUCACCAUCUUUUCAGAUUCAGAAUCACGCUUAAUUCUCUCUAUUCAUUUCCUUCAUCGCAACAACCAUUGAAUCUUAAUAUUCACAAUCACCACACCAAAUCACUGUGCACUUAUACACCUCCUGAUUCUGAUUCUUCAGACCCAACAACAUCUCUUCCUAUCGAUGCAGGCUCUACUAACCGCAAACCCAUUAGUAUAUGGCCUGGGAUGCACCAUUCCCCUGCCACACACGCUCUCUGGGAAGCCAGAUCCACCAUAUUCGAAAACCCCGUUCAUGUUAACGGCCAUGGCACCUCUUCACAGAUUCAACCCGUUCCUAAAACUCCAUCCCGAAGCAGGACUAGUAUCUUUUACAACUUCUCUUCUGAUCAUAUACUUCGCGAGCAGUAUAGGAACCCAUGGAAUCAUAUUAGAAUGGGCAAGCUCGUCGAGGAUUUUGAUGCUCUAGCUGGAACCAUUGCAUUCAAGCACUGCUGCAAUGAAGAUGGCACAACGAGGCCUCUUAUAUUGGUCACUGCUUCUGUUGACAAGAUGGUUCUUAAGAAACCAAUCCAUAUUGAUUCUGAUUUCACUAUUGUUGGUGCUGUUACCUGGGUUGGUCGGUCAUCCAUGGAGAUUCAACUGGAACUGAAUCAAUCGGCUCAAGCUCAAAUCAAAUCUUGUAAUGUUAUGUCUUUUAAUCCUCUAACAAUUUUGCAUGGUAUCUCAGACUCACCAGCACUUGUAGCUAACUUCACAUUUGUGGCUCGUGACUGUGCUACUGGAAAGGCAAUCCCAAUUAACCAGAUCUCACCUGAAAGUAAGCAAGAAAGAUUGCUCUGGGAAGAAGCAGAGCAGAGGAACAAAUUAAGGAAAAAAAGGAAAGCUGAACAAAAACAUGAAGAGAGUGGAGACACUGCUAGGCUAAGUGCACUAUUGGCUGAAGGGCGUAUCUUCAGUGACAUGCCAGCAUUGGCCAACAGAGAUAGCAUCCUGAUGAAGGAUACUUGCCUACAAAACUCUUUUAUCUGCCAGCCACAACAAAGAAACAUCCAUGGUCGUAUUUUUGGGGGAUUCUUGAUGAGAAGAGCGUUUGAACUUGCCUUUUCAACAGCUUAUGCCUUUGCUGGUGCAGCGCCUCAUUUCUUAGAAGUUGAUCAUGUUGAUUUUUUUAAACCUGUGGACGUUGGAAAUUUUCUUCGUCUAAAGUCUUGUGUUUUGUACACAGAACUUGACAACCUAGCUGAACCUCUGGUGAAUGUUGAAGUUGUUGCACAUGUUACAAAGCCUGAGCUUCGGUCCAGUGAGGUAUCUAACAGAUUCUACUUCACAUUUGGUGUUGGUCCUGAGGCCAUUAAAAAUGGAUUGAAGAUUCGGAAUGUUGUUCCUGGUACAGAAGAGGAAGCACGAAAGGUGCUUGAACAUAUGGAUGCAGAGGACUUGAGUUUGGCUAAUCAGGAUAGUAAUCUUCUCGUGGUCAAAAAGAACAACUGUAUAGAGAAAACAAAGCUCUGAUGGAGUAUCUUGUACAAUUUUCUUGAUCAUGUCUGAAAUGUCUUAGUUUGGAUGGAACUAGAGAGCGAAUAUCAGUUGCAUGCUUUAUUUUGUCUGGAAUUUGAAGGAACUACUUUUCCGUUCAUGUUUUGGGGUUUACAAGAUAGUAGCAUCUCUUGGUUUAACAGAGAACGUAAUGGAAUUGCUGGAGUAAAACGUUAGUCUAUUUGGUGACACUCCAUUAAUUUCCUAAGGUAGUGUUUGGUUGGGGAGAAGUUAAAAUUUUGGUGGCAAAGUGCAUGUGGGAAUCUGACUCAACCACGUUUGGUUGAAGUUUUGUGAAAAAUUUCCCCAGCAAACAGGUUUCCCCUGCAAUCCAAGAAGAAGUGUAAAAAUUUGAUAUCGACACUGUUGAAGAAGCCGUUUCAACAGGUGGUAUUGGUGUAGGAUAUCGGAUAAGUGAAAAAGGUGGAGAAUGGCACGACAAAUAUACCCCUCCUUCUCCACCAUCAGUGACUCCUCCCCUGGUCACGUCCAUUUUUCUUCUUCUUCUUGUUUGUGUUUUAGUGAGAGAGAAACAUUUGAUGAUGUUGUCUUUUGAGGUGCCAAAGGGUAACAACAAAAGAAAGAACAGCAUAACUUUGUUUAUUCACUUGCAUGUACUAAUGGCAAUACUGUUCAUAAGGCAGUCCACCCCCCCCCCCAAGGUACACAUUCACGGCUGAACAGAGAG